UUGCUCUACCAGAGGUGUAAAACAUACAGCCCGAUAGGCCGGUUCUGGCCAGUGUGUUGGGUUUGGCGGCCCAUGAACUAAAAUGAGUUUGAGGCCUUUGACAGCAUCUUUAUGAAGACAGCAACACCCACGCACUACAAACCACUAAUUUAUGAACAAUGUUUUGAUCACAGUCAUAUUUUGUCGCCACAUUUUCAGAUCACUUUGAUCUUUGAACAUCACAGGUGUUGAACUAUGUAGCAGCUUUAUCUUGGAUGUUGCAGGCCGCUUGAAUUUUUCACCCUGUCACUGCUCUCUUUGUGUGAACUUUGUUUAUGACUAACCUUCAGUGCACAACCAAAUAUAGGAUGAUAGCAGUCCGUAAUGUGACCUGACUCGGGUUAUAGGCUUGCUGUUUUGUGCAUUUAGAGGUGGGAGGUGUCACAACAUAAAAAACAUUUCAGUGGGUCAUUUUGCCUCCCUCUGCUUUGAUAUUGUGUUCAGACACAAUGGAGCAAAUAUUCUUUGAUUAAAGCUAAAAAUAAUGUUUUUUAGUUCAUAAAAUUAUGUUUGAUGUGGUGAUACUUUGCCUCUCUGGAAGACUAUUUCCGAUACCAUCUGAGAGAGUAACAGCAAAGGUUUUCAGAAUUUCUUGGAAAUGGCUUGCAGCGGUUUAAAUGAAUUGCUAGUAAAUUGUUAAUUGUCACAGGAUGAAAAAACAUUGCUUUAGUGGUUUUCACAACAUCUUUGUGUGUUAAUUGUAGCGAUGAAUCAUGUGUUUUCAUGAUAAGCAGUGUCAAAACCAAACUGCUUGUGCUGUCAUGUUUGCAGAUUGGAAAGACUUGGUUAGUUAAUUUCCACUUUGGUGGUAUACCAAAAUGCCAACAUGAUGGCAGACCAAUCGUAUUGUUUUGAAUCUAUCUGUUCCCUCCCAUUUUAUUGUUCCCUCCCAUUUAAUAGAGAUGAUUAAGAUUAAUCAUCCUGCAGUACAAUCUAAAUCAACUGCUGUCUCAAGUGGAAUAACUAGAAAAUGCUGAUCAUAUUUUGCAUAGCUCUCGUGUUCACAAUUGGGCGAUGCACAGAUGACCAAAGCUUUGUAAAAAAGACUGUUUGUCUUGGAGAAAAUGUGACUCUAACUUGUAGUCGCCAGACUGGAUCGCCAGGAUACUUAUUCUGGAUCAGACUUGUUGUUGGAAAGUUGCCUGAAGUCUUAGGAAGGACGUAUACUUUUGAUAACGGCAACGUAAACAAGACUCCUCGCAUUACAACAAAACAGGAGCCUGGAACAUUUAUUCUACAUAUUACCAAAACAGAGCUGAGUGAUACUGCAUAUUACUACUGUCAACAAGUGGUUGAACUACAAACAACAUUUCUGAAUACAACCUUUCUGAGAGUCACAGGACCAGAACUUGAUAUCACUGCCGCCAUUCAAGUCCCUCCAUCUGAUUCAGUCCGUCCAGAAGACCCAGUGACUCUGCAGUGUUCAGUCCUCUCUGACUCUAAGAAGAAAACGUGUCCAGGAGAUCACAGUGUGUACUGGUUCAGAGCUGGAUCAGGAGAAUCUCAUCCCAGUUUAAUUUACACUCAUGGAAACAGUGGUGAUGAAUGUGAGAAGAGUCCUGAGGCUCACUCUCCACAGAAAUGUGUCUACAACUUCUCUAAGAACGUCAGCUCCUCUGAUGCUGGGACUUAUUACUGUGCUGUGGCCUCAUGUGGAGAGAUAUUAUUUGGAAAUGGAGCAAAACUGGACAUUAAAGCUCCCACGUUUGGCGAGUCUCAGUGGACCAAUACCAUUCUGUUUCUGUUGUGUGCUGCUUUGGCUAUAAGUUUGAUUGUUAUAGCCUUACUGAUGUACUCCGUCAAAGAAAACAGGAAGUGCAAUUGUUGUAAUGCUGCUGAUGCCCUGCAAAUGAAUGCUGCAACAACCACUGGUCAUCAGCAAAGUCUGCGGACAGAUGAAGACUGUGUCAUUUAUUCUGUGCCAAACUUCACUGGAGAGAAGGCUGGAAGGAGUGUAAGGAGAGGUGCAAAUGCAGGCGAGGGAAAGAGCAUCUACUCUAACGUCAGGGUUGUGGAAUAGCAACAUAAACCGAAGGUCUUAAUUGAUGUUUGUUUAAUGCUUGUAUAGCACACCAUGGGUGAUAUUUAGCAGCAUAUUAUGUUAUAAAGCAAAUAUGUCAGGCAUGAUAUACAAAUUUUUAUAUUUAUUUACUUUUGUUUUGUUUGUCUCACAGUUUUAUGAUGGGCCCACAAAUGGGCUUUUUGUUGCGAGGUCAGUGUUAAACGUGUUUCCAACCUGUCUCUUUUGUAUGUACAAGAAAUUUCAAUUUUCACAGCUAUAUUCAAGCUUUCUAUGUCAAAAAAAGCCAAAUCAUAAUGUUCUUGGACAACU